GUACUUUUGUUGUUGCACGGCGCACGCUCCACACGCUAUUUUGCGCUCCGCGCUGUGUGUGUGGAAGGUUUUCCCGUCGGACGAAUGAAUGUAACAAUGUGCCUUGAGUCUGGUGUAGGGUGAUUCGUCUGGAGAACAUCCCUCGUGGGUCUAUUGAGUUGGUCGUUUCUCUCCGGAGAUAUCUUUCUUUUGUGCGGCGUUCCGGAGGACGGCGCUAGUGGAGUAAGCGGGCUUCAUUCAGAGUCGGGAGCCGUGUCGUCUCGGUGAACAUGGAGGGUCGCCGUAUGAGUUCACAGCUGUGGAAGGAUGAGGGCAGCGUGCUGGAGGCCAUCGAUGAACUCAUGGCCCCCAGUUCGGACUUCAGCCUUUCCGACAUCCAAGACAAGCAAGAGGCCAAGUCCACGAAGGAGCAUCUGUAUGACGAAGAAGACUACAAGAUGCACAGGGGAGCUGGCUUUCCUCACCACCACCAGCCACUGAAAAAGCUCCACUAUCAUCGCCGGAAAAGUUCAGUGCCUAGCACGUCUUCAAACCAAGAUUCUCCGGAACUCGCAGCAGUUGCGGAGACACAAGAGCCCUCGAGUCCACAGGAGAGCAAAACUUUGGAGGAGACGGAUGAACCGGCAGCCGGCAGCGAUGCCCCUCAAGCAGGCGAGACGCUGUCCGCGGAGAGCGUGGCCAGCGGUGUAGCGCUGGUGGACCCCCUGGAAGGUCCGUCGAAACCCAGCAAGGCUCGCAGUGUGCCUCGGAUCUUCCUCUCGACUGCAACAAGCCAGCCUGAAGUGGAGAUCCACCCGGAUGCACCCCCAGCGGCCCCAAAGCCCAAGUCUUCGGAUACUUCAUUGGCAGAAAAGCCGCUGAAGUCGUCCCUGAAGAAGCCUUCGAUGACGCCCGAUGAUCAGCCACUGGGGAGCUAUGGUUUCUUCCCGAACAUCGAUACCCGCACGGCUGAGUACGGGAAGCAGUGCACCGAUGCUCCGCUGUCGUCGACGGUGCGAGAGUCGUCCCUGGAGCCCAACGAAGGGGAGGGAGGGCAGCACAAGGUGGCCUUUAUCCUCGGCUCUGACUCGACUGAGGAGGCUUCACCGCCGCAGCCCACGGUGCCUGAAGGAGCUCCUGUUUCUUCGUCAAAAGGAGCACAACUGCACAGAGCAAAGGACAGGCACCACCAUCAUCAUCACAGGCACAAACACCGUAGAUAUAUUUAUGACCCGAGUUUGAUGAUCCUUCACGAUGCUGAAGAAAAGCACCGGGUCGUCACGGAGCCCGAGGAAGCCAUGACGCUUCAAUCUGCUGAUCUAGAAGACAUGGCAAGCCAUAGGUUUGAAGAUCCGAAGGGGAUGCGGCGCCACAAGAUCCUGGCCAAGAACACGGUGCUCUCCUUCCUGCACCCCACGCCAGAGGACUCGCUGGACGUGCCCGCACCAGACUCCGGCAAACGCUACUCGGUCCCCUUCAUGAAGAAACUCUACGACCGGAAGCCUCAUGAGAUCUUUGUAGAGCUGGACGAAUUGGUGCCGGACGCGACGCGCGAGGCCUAUGAGUGGAAGGAGACAGCGCGUUGGAUCAAGUAUGAAGAGAACCUCGAAGAGGACGUGGAUCGUUGGGGCAAGCCCCACGUUGCGUCGCUGUCGUUCCAUUCGCUGCUCUGUCUCCGGAAGUGUCUGGAACAGGGCACGGUGUUGCUCGACCUGGAGGAGAAAGACCUGACGGGCAUCGCGAACCGUGUCGUGGACAACAUGGUUCACACGGAGCAGAUCCCAGCCGAGAGUCAUGGCUCGGUGCUGCGUGCGCUUCUGCUGCGCCACCGUCACGGUGCCGAGAGGAGUCUCAACACCUUUCUGCGCCGCAACUCCUCCGGCACAUUUACGGCACUCAAGUCGCUGCGAUCUGCGUCACUUGUGAGCAACUUCACAUCGUCAUCUCAGGAUAACGGGAACGCCGGGAAUCGGAGUAUGCCACUCUUGACUGCCGACACACGCAUCUCCAUCGACAAAGGGAGCCACGAAGAGAACGAGCCGUUUCUUCUUGGGUGUUCCACGGACGAUCUGCGCAAGCCCGAUGCCAACAUCCUCCGGAGAAUACCCGAAGACGCGGAGGCAACGGCGGUGCUGGUCGGGGGCCUCGAGUACCUGGAGCAGCCCACCAUUGCCUUCGUGCGGCUCGCUCGGGGUCAGGUCAUGCCCAACAUGAUGGAGGUUCCCAUUCCUGUGCGAUUUUUCUUCAUCCUGCUGGGCCCAAUCAACUCGGACUUGGAUUACCACGAGAUUGGACGCUCGGUAUCCACCCUCAUGUCCAACACUAGCUUUCACACGGCUGCAUACAAGGCCGAGGACCGUCGAGACUUGCUGAGAGCCAUCAACGAGUUUCUGGACGACAGUAUUGUGCUGCCCCCUGGCGACUGGGACCGUAAAUCACUCCUACCCGUGGACGACAUUAAGAAGAAGUAUGACGACAUACGCAAGCGGAAGAUGUCAAAGAAGAAGACAACCCUCUCCCUGGAAGAGAAACUCCCGCAGUACGAGCCCCUUCAGCGCAGCGGCCGUCUGUUUGGGGGCCUGGUGAGUGACGUGAAGCACCGGCUGCCCUGGUACCUGAGCGACUUCAAGGACGCACUCAACGGGCAGUGCCUGGCCACGGCCAUCUUCAUCUACUUUGCCGCCCUUUCGGGUGCCGUCACCUUCGGAGGCUUGCUAGGCGACAAGACCAGCAACCUGAUCGGAGUGUCCGAGACCUUGGUUGCGACCUGUGCCACUGGCGUUUUGUUUUCUCUCCUCUCCGGCCAGCCCCUGGUGAUCAUUGGUGUCACCGGGCCAGUACUCCUAUUUGACGAACUACUGUAUGCAUUUUGCAAGGAAAAUGAUAUAGAAUUUCUGGCAAUCAGGGUGUGGAUUGGGAUGUGGAUUGCUGUUUUGGCAACCUUGGUGGUGGCCUUUGAGGGAAGCGCGCUCGUCCGAUUUUUCACCCGCUUCACCCAGGAGAUUUUUGCGUCGCUCAUCUCUCUGCUGUACAUAUACGAGUCAUUUUAUAAGUUAUACAUGGUGAGCCAGCUUUUGCUUUUCCUUUUUGGUUCAUUGCCGCUGCCCCGUGAUGCAGACCUUGAUAAAGUGCCGUCUCUGUUUCAGAUAUUCGUUACUCAUCCUCUGCUUUCAGGGAAUGCCUACUGUGAUAACUCGACGAGUGAUUUUACCGGUGCAAACUACUCGCUCGCCAACUACUCUCUCUCCAACUGGACCAUGGAAGAUGACUUUAUUCUAGAUGUGCCUCCGAUGCGCCAGCCAAACACGGCACUCCUUUCGUUGAUCUUGAUGUUUUCAACCUUCUUUUUGGCGGACUUUCUGCGGAAGUUUCGCAACAGCAGCUUUCUGGGCCGAAACGCACGAAGAGCUUUGGGCGACUUUGGCAUUCCGAUUGCCAUCAUUCUUGUCGUCACGGUGGACUUCUUCAUUCCCAACACAUACUCGCAGAAGUUACAGGUUCCCAAUGGCCUAAGCACCAGCAAUGAAACACGUGGUUGGAUCAUCUCGCCAGUCAGUUCGACGCACCCUUUUGUUUGGUGGCACAUUUUUGUGGCGGCCAUUGGAGCCCUGCUGGUCUUCAUACUCAUGUUUCUUGAGAUCGAGAUUUGCGAAUUGAUCCUGAGCAAGAAGGAGCGCAAGCUGCAGAAGGGCUCCGGCUUUCACCUGGACCUGCUGCUCAUCUGCUACAUGGAGUUGGGCUGUGCAUUCAUCGGGGCUCCCUGGAUGUGUGCGGCCACGGUGCGCUCGGUCUCACACCUGGCCUCGCUGACGGUGAUGAGCCGGACGCACGCACCUGGAGAGUCGCCCCACAUCAUCGGCGUCAAGGAGCAGCGUGUCACCAACCUCCUGGUAUCCCUGCUUGUUGGUCUUUCGGUGUUCAUGAGUCCGCUGCUUCGGGAAGUGCCUGUAGCCGUGCUGUUCGGCGUGUUCCUCUACAUGGGCAUCACUUCCAUGAUUGGGAUCCAGCUCUUCGAACGCAUCAUCCUAUUCUUCAAGCCCACCAAACACUUCCCCAGCGUGCCUUAUGCACAGAAGGUCAAGGCCACCAAAAUGCACCUGUACACGGUGAUCCAGGUUGUCUGUCUCAUCCUUUUAUGGGCAGUGAAGUCGUCGUCACUAGCCCUGGCAUUCCCUUUCGUCUUGCUCCUUAUGAUUCCCCUCCGUCUCCAACUCAAGUACCUGUUCACGGAGAAAGAACUCGAAUGUCUGGACGGCGACGAUGGAGGCCUGCAGUCUGACGAGGAGGAUGACCCUGACUUCUACCAGCAGACGAUCCUGCCCAGCUGAACUGCCCCCAGGGCAUAUCAUUCUUCAUCAACCUGUACAUACACAUAGAGUUAACCAUAGAGCAAGGCUCACGAUCUGAUCACUGUUCCAGCAGCUAUCAUUGAGAACCGUCUUGUUUGUUUGUUAAGCCUUAACCAUGACUAAACUUGUUAACCUACGUAUACACAUAUGUUAUGCUUGUUCUUUCUGUUCAGUUGUUCUGUAUCUAUACACAUUAUAUAUGAGCUAAGUGCCAUGAUGAGCUAGCCGCCCAGUAGGGGUGGACAGCUCUCGCGCUUUUCUACUAUAGAGUCUGUGGCAAGAUAUUUUGAGUGUUAGAAAGCCAACUUAAAGAGACCGGUAAGAGGGUGAUUUCACCCUUUACGCAUGCAGGUUGUGUGACUCUACGAUGUGCCCAUAAUAUGCCUAGGGUCCAUUAUCUGUGCUUAACCAGAGUGGGCCUUUGUGAUAUUUCUUAAAAGCAUAAAGGGUAGAGGUUAGCUGACCAACAUACUUACGUACGGGCCCGUGAACUGAGAGCGCAGAGUGAGUAUUACGAAACUUGGGUCUGGAACAACACCAAGCUGGAGGCAUUUGUUGCGCCUUGUUGGUUUUUUUAGUUCUUGAAUACUAUGCGAUUUUGUGAAAUGCCUCCUCACUGUACCCCAAAGGGGGCAGAAACGGUGCUGUAAUUGUUUGCUAUUCAUGCUUGAAUGUUAGUGCUCAUGAAGAAAUAUUCGCCUUACAGCAGUUUGUCAGACAAGUGGUUGAAAUAAAGGGUGCAUCAUUUACUUGUGUGCCUUUUGAAGUGUGAACCAGUGCCACCAUUUUGUUCUUGCAUUUCCUUUCCUACCAACAGCUGUGCAACAUCUAACUUAUCCUUUUGGGAGGAACCAAACAAGUUUGAAAAACGUUUUAUAAAAAAAAUUGCUUUUAUAUGUUUAAAAAACGGUGCCAGGUUUUAGUCAUACUUUUUGAAACAUCCUCUUUACAGGAGGCACAUUAAUGUAAAUCAUGCAUUCCGUGCAUUUGGCGUAUUCCAUAUUCAGUGAUCUGCAUGUGCAGAUUGCAACACCCAUAUGAUCACCUUCCACAGCUGGAAGGUUUAUCAGGACUACUUGCAGUGUAUUGGAACAUGUUUGUGUGGAGCAUCGACUUGAGUGAUGCAAUUUGUUGUUGAGCACUAAAUUGUAUACCAGUACAAUGCACCAGUGUCAUGUAAGCUUUGUCAUGUUGUGUAUGCAGACAUGCAACCCAUUUAUAACUCGAACUUCUAUGACAAAGGUAAAAAACAAUGGGCUCUCAAACUAUCAUAGAACGUACAGUGAACUUGCAGGUAAUUUAAUGUUGAAGAAACUGUCCAAAUUUUCUGAAAUUAUUGGAAGUUGUAAUUACAGGAUACCCAUAUACAGUGCACCUUUGCUUGACAGACAAUAAAAAGUGGACUGUUUAGUAAAUUUUUUUGAUGAAUGGAAAAGCUUGUGUUGCUGUUUUAGCCAUCAAAUAGGGUCAAUUUUCAUCUGUGCUGGUUUGUUGAGUUGUGCCACGUGCCUCGCUAGUUCUUUGCACGAAGCUGCGGUAAAAUGUCAUGCCGUCCCAUGCAGUGGUGUAGCUAGGAUUUUUUUCUUUGCGACGGGGGAGGGAGGGAUGAAAGAAAGAAAGGAAGGAAGGAAGGAGGUGAGAGGACAGCUGAGGUUGCUAGAAUGUCCACGACUUGGUAUGUGGGAAUGCAAAAUGCAUGUGUAGAUUAUAAUUGGUCUGCUGUAUUUUGGGAAAGGGAGGGGGGACAGUUGCGGCUGAUAACUGCUCUCAAUUGCAUAGGUAUUUCAGAUUGAGACCUGUAAAGGACAAACAAAGAAUCUAUUUUGAGGAACCUUAUUGCUACCUGACUGUAUCCAUACAAGUACCAGAGAAAUGUAUAUUGCAUCAUUUACGACAUCGGUGCUACAGCGUACCACAACUUAGCUUUUCUACACAAGACUACUCUUGGCGAUGCUCUACUCUAUUAGCUUAUUUAUAUUGUGAACCCUUCGUGGUUUCUGAUAUUUGUUGGCCAUGCCUGCCAAUUUAACGAAUUAAAAAUGAAGCACCAGUGAAUGCAGACAGUGUACAAGAAGCCCAAGGAGCAUGCAGAGUCAAGCACUGCUAUUGAGAGGUUGAAUCCCGAAAAUUGCGAGACAUGGCAGUUCGGACUCGCAAACUUCAAGUUGUGGCAACACUGCACCUGUGCUGCUGCACGCUGCAACGGCACAGUGUUGCCCACAACUUGAAGCCUUAUUUGCACCGACUAGCCGAGCAAAACUAUGUGGUGGAGUAUGCUUCAAAGUACCGGACAGCCGCAGCAAGUUGAGUAUUCUGAAAUCUGGUGGCUUUGAAGAGUGAAGCAACCAUAGUUUUUUAACACAUUUACUGAAGUGCGGUGGAGCCUGUUUUAAACUUUGCUGCUUUGCUGUACAAUGGAAAAAAUUUCUUGCACAGCUGUCUUCAAAUACUGUAGCUAUAUGUCAAGCAAGCACAGCAGGCAACUAGCACCAAUAUUGUUGCAUUUGUUGGUUGUCCAAAGAGACAGGAAAGCCCAAGCUGCGUUUUUGGCACCUCUGUACUCGUCCUCGCAUUGUCUUGGCGACAGCUGCCAACCACGGCCACCGUUUCGCAUAAUUGAAAACGGAAUCCGAGUUGUUUUCUAUGUGCAUAAAAAGUCUUGCUUGUUCAAAUGACACAACUGCAAUGGUGUUCUUGUAGAAGAGUGCAUGCUAACCAGUUUCUUACUGUACUAACACAGUCUGGUGGGUGUAUGCCCAUUACUAUGAUUACAAUUCGGUGUUGCUGUACUUGGAGCCACUGAAUGAGCUACGGUCGGAGCAACGUCUUUUCAGUUGUAUUGCUGCAUAGCAUUGCCAUUUGUCGGUAAAUUCUGUUGAUGUGCCGAAACGAAAAUCCUGAAGGCACUUUUCAUCCUCCCGAAACAGAUCCAGACAAAUACUACCAGUCUCAUAACAUCGCAUCUAUAACUCGAGAUGUUGCAUUUCACAAACGUUAGGAGUGCUCGUGAAGCUCUAAGCAACCAAAUAGUGGCACCUAACAGCCACUGAUGCAAAUAGUACUUUUCGAAUAAAACCUUAAUUGUAUAUGUACAUUGGCAGCUGUCAUUAAAACUGGCAAGGUGGUGCAAGCUGCUGCCUGAUUCAAAGGGUUUAGCCAUAUACAUUGAUGCAUCUGCUUAAGCGAGUUUCCGGUGAUGCUAAUCACCACCAUGAGAGCAUUGGACAAUGGGGGAAAACUGCGGCUACCAUAGCUGUAGUGCACGAGUAACUCUAGCUGUAUUGACUGCUGUACAGUGAAAAUGGCUUUCGAUGUAGGUGCCCAUCAUUUGUCGGCAAGAGUGCUAAUGCAGCAAUCUUGUUAGCUUGGAUUGCAAGUCUCCAAUGGUACAGCGUCUCAAGAGCAAGUUUUAAAGCUACUUUGUGAAUGCAAUGUUGAUAUUUAACUAUUUUUGCAUUGUUUUAAUAAAUGAUUUUAUUAUGUA